UUUCAUUUGAUUUUAUUUUUUCUUUUGCAGGCGAGACGGACAGCGCCGCCAGGUUCUUGGGCCAUGUCCCGCGAGAGGACUACCAACCUGCGACUAUGGACAGGGACUUCCCCGACUACGACUCCGACGUCAAGAUUCCCGGGAGACACUACCCGAAGCUCCCUUACCAAAACCCUUACUUAGAAAACGAGCAGGACAACUUCCACACUCCCCACCACAGCCACCAUCACACCCAUCACCACACCUCCAAUGACAACCACCACCACAACAGCGGUCAAAAUCACAAUCACCACCAAAACUCUCACCACAGCAAUCACCACCACCAACCCGUGACCCCGGUCAUGGCGUACGGGGUCCGGAGAGAUCCCAGUGGCUCCACUUUCACCAGACAGAGUCACUUCCCCAACUUCGACAGCAACUUCCACAGAGGGGAGCCAGCGGAUUACCUGGAUGAUACGCGCGCUGUUGUCGCAGCGGACGGCGUCGGCGGACAUCGUCUCGCAGUCCCGUAUGGCGGGAAACUAGGUCCUCCUUCAACCACUCCUCACCCCGCGAGUCCGAGUUUCGACAGGAAUACGGCCAGAAGUCUCACUGUGCAGUCCGGGAAAACCGCCAAAUUAGUCUGCAGAGUUUUAAACGUUGGAGAUAAAUCGGUUUCGUGGAUGAGACACGAAGACCUCCACAUCCUGACGGUGGACAAAUACAAGUACAGCACCGACAAGAGGUUGUCGGUGAUCUUCAACGAGGCCGACCAGGAAUGGAUCCUGCAGAUCCAGUCGGUCCGGCAGGACGACUCCGGCCGUUACGAGUGCCAGGUCUCCACCAAGCCCGUUCUCAGCUUCAUCGUCAGCAUGAACGUUGUGGAACCGUCGCCCUCGACCACUCCCUUCCCGAAAAUGAGAGACGCGGAGGAUCCAGCACUGCACCCAGAGGACGUCCCCAAAGUACCCAGUGCCAGGAUCCUCAACGGGCCGGAGAUCUUCGUCCACCGAGGGUCACCUAUCAACCUCAGUUGUGUCGUUGACCACACGGUGGAGAGACCCAGCUACAUCUACUGGUACCAUUAUAAUAAGAUGAUCGACUACGACAAAGAGGGCGACACGAUCAAGUUGGACAAAUCGGGUCCCAACACCAUCAGCAACCUGCUGGUGCGGAGCGCCUCUCCGAGCGACUCCGGCAAGUACACCUGCAGGCCCUCCAACGGGGAGGACGCCUCCGUCAUGCUGCAUGUGCUCAAUGGUGAGAAUCAGGCUGCCAUGCAGACUAACACGAGCGACAGGCUUAUGACGUCACUGGCAACCAUCUUUGGUGUCCUAAGCGUUGGCAUCAGCGCCGUCAUCCUCCUGUGUCGAUGCUAAGAGAGAUUUAUUCUCAUGGAGAGUUUUUCCUUUUUUCCACCGUGAACCAGCACGCCUGGGAAGCUCUCCUAGUUGGAAUUCCCUUCACUGGAAGGGAAAACAAGCCGAAGGACUAAGUGUCUUUCAGGAAUUUGUAUUGUUUUCAUCCAACAUGACCACAUCAUGACAGGAAAUGACACAGGAUACGACAAAAGGAAGGAUAAAUAACGCAUCACGCAAAAGUGACAAAAAAAUAAAAACGGAAACAGCCAUUGUUUCCGUCUUGUGAAAGCUCAAAACACGUUUUGUUCAGGAUUCUGCUCUGUUCAGAACUCCUUUGGAGGCUAUGGGAGUAAAAGGCGAGGGCCACACCUUGAAGAAAAUGAGAAGAAAAACAAAUCAAGAAAAACUUUUCUCUGAAUGAAGACCGAGGACAAUUCACUGGUUUGCAUUCAAAUUUGAAAUACUCUCUUUAAUUUUCUCUCGUCCCUUCGUCAUCCCAUAGUUUGGUUAUCGACUUUCAAAUACUAUGGACGUGUGCCAUACAAAAUAGUCUCUAGACGACUUUGAUGGUGAAGAUUAUACAAACUUGAUGGUCUACCUUUGCGAAUAUAAACACUUAAAAUAGCAA